UUCUCUGAUAAGAUAGACCUUUAUUUUAAAAAAUAUUGAUAUGGCUCCCUUAAAAUUGUACCACUUCCCAGUGAGCCCUCCAUCCCGUAUUGCUGUCCUAGUAGUUAGGAACCUACAUCUAGACGUGGAAAUUAUAACAGUUGACUUAAUGAAUAGGGGUCAAUUGACCCCGGAAUUUUUAAAAAUUAAUCCGCAACAUACCGUGCCAACCAUUGAUGAUAAUGGAUUUAUUUUGUGGGAAUCCCGUGCCAUUGCUUCGUACUUGGUUUCGGCUAAAGCUCCUGGAAGUUCAUUGUAUCCGACGGACCCCAAGAAAAGAGCUAUUGUGGAUGCAAGAUUAUAUCUGGAUCAAGCUCUGCAACUUGCACUGACAGCAAUUGUCUUUCCAAUUCAUGCUCAUGGUGCCACAACCAUUGAAAAAGAUAAAAAGGACAAAGCUUAUCAGAUUCUCGAGAAUCUGAACACUUUUAUGGAAGGAAAACCAUACGCUGCUGGAAACGAAUUAACAAUUGCCGAUUUGGCUCUUUUAGCCACAAUAACAAGCUUUUAUGAAAUGGGAGCCAAUAUUCCGAAAUUCAAGAAUAUUACAUCUUGGUACAAAAGACUAGAGUCUAUCCCUGGCUUUAAAGAGAAUGGUGAAGGUGCUAAAGCUCUAGGAGAGUAUGUAAAAUCGAAAGUUACGGUUACCGGAACUUGGGAUGAUUAAUGCGAUAUCCUUUUAUUAUAAAGUAAAUUUUAACAGAAAUCAUAUUUUGUCAAAUAAAAAAGGGGCAAAGUGA